AUGUUUGCCUCUACCAUCCGUUCCGCUUUAAGGGCCAGAGUUGCCACUCCAAGAAUUUCUAAUGUCGUUAAAACUAAUGUUGGUAUGACCAGAAUUUCAAUUCCACACAUGAGAAAUUAUUCAUCCCACCAUGAAGAAACUUUUGAAGAAUUCACCGCUAGGUAUGUAUAUAAUCGGAGCACAAGUGAAAGAGGAGUUCAGAUGACCCUUUUUAGGCAUCAAUUCGAAGAUACGCUCGGUAAAUAGCAAUCGUUACCCAGCCAUCGAAUUGAGUGAAAAAUUAGUCGUGACGACUUCAACGACGCCCACAGCCGUAAGGAACCAUUACUAACAUCAUUUUAGAUACGAAACUGAAUUUGAAGAAGCUUACGAUUUAUUUGAAGUCCAGAGAAUUUUAAACAACUGUUUUUCAUACGAUUUAGUCCCAGCACCAGCUGUUAUCGAAAAGGCUUUACAAGCUUGUAGAAGGGUUAAUGACUACCCAACCGCCGUCAGGACCUUUGAAGCUUUAAAGCACAAGGUUGAAAACAACGAACAAUACGAAGCCUACUUAGAAGAAUUAAAAGACAUUAGACAGGAAUUAGGUAUUGACUUAAAGGAAGAUUUGUAUGCUGGUGAAAAUUAG